AUCCGGUGUUGACUCUCUACCAUUGACAGCUUUGAGUUUCCCGUUGGACACAGAGUAUUCAGGGAAGUCACCAGAAAUCAUAUAUUGAGAAUUUCUAUCAAACUGAUAGCUAACCAGAUGCUUCCAUCUUCUGAUCAUGUGGCAGGAAGCACCUGAGCUAGUGCUCAAAAAUAUAUUUAGUUACUUGGAGGCCUCCGAUUUACGUGCUGUGUUUUUGACAUGUCGACUGUGGCAUCGCAUUGCAACAGAGGAUGUUAUUUGGAAACAACUUGUUCAGAGAUUAUGGAAAAUAAAAGGAUCUUUACCACCUGGGAAAAUUUCAUGGCGGAAUGAAUACCAGCGCUUGACACAUGAGACACCAACACACCUCAGCGAAACAUUACUGGAGCACUCCGAUGAAGUCCUGGAUGUCAGCUUCUCCCAUGACGGAAAGCUGUUCUGUACAACCUCGAAAGACGCCACUGUAAAAGUUUGGGAAUUGGGUUACCCGACCAAGUUAAAACACAAUGCCAAGAUGUUGCUGUUGCAGGGCUGGAAUAUGACCCAGUUUUCCAUAUUCAACAAAAGUGAUACAUACCUUUGUGUUUGUGGGGUGCAGUUUGAGGGCAACGUAGAAAUGUAUUUUCCAAGCACCUCAGGAAGAGCAGCUGUUUUCAGAUUGAAUGAUUUCAAGUUGAUACAGACUAUGAAAAUGGAGCCACCUCAGCUAUUUGCGGACUGGUAUGAUGACACCACUGUUCUAGGUGGUUACGUAGUGGAGAACCAGCAGAACAUUCUGCAUAUAAAAGCUUUCAAGGUAGAAGAAAAGGAACCAUUUGAUGUACAUGAGCCAGACUGUGGCCAGAUAGUAUACAGUUUUGAAACAAAUCAUCACCAUACAAUGAACCUAUUGGUUGCUGAUCUUCCAUCUUGUCAGCACCAGUCACAUGAUCAGUCAGGUGACCAACACAAAACACUAAAGUCCCAAGAUCCAGAAAAUCAGAGAAAUAACAAUGCAAAUUCUGUAACAAAUUGUGCAUGUUGUUGUGACAAACACCGAAAAAUGAUGAUAUUUGUUUGUGAACAACAUUCUGCUUUUGCAGUUCAUGAUGCAACAGACCUGCAUCAGAGAAUUCAUGCAAGAAAUGCUAAAUUACAAACAAACUCUAAAAAAUUACCAAGUCGUGCCAAAUUUUUGAAGACUGCCAGUAGUAGAAUAACGAGGAAUUCGGUAGGAACAUCAGAUAGGUCGAAUCAAGGUCAGUUGGGUAGAAGUUCUCGAGGUACUCAGAAUGCAAUUGAGCUUCCAGGAGCAUCUGUUCUUGAUAAACCAACUUGCCGUCCUUUAUUCGACAAGUAUUACAUAUCUGGAGUGAAGCUUUCACCCGAUCAAAGAGAGCUGUACUUUAACUAUCGGAUCUACCAUGCUGAAGAGUUGGAUGAAGAGGGUUACCCUGUAAUAGAUCCCGACAUCACAAUAGACACAUUUAAUCUUGUCACCAAGUCCCAUACCAAGAACCUUUUACGUGGCCACAAGGCUUCCUCUUCUUAUCCAGCUUGGUAUAUUUGUCUGGACAUCAGUCAGGAUUAUAUUGUCAGUGGCAGCGAGGAUGGUCGUGCUUUCCUUUGGGACAGAAAUUACCUCUGUUUCCUUGGUCAUCUACCUCACAGCGAGAAUCCAGAAAUCGUCAUCAAUGGCACCGCAUUCUGUCCGACCGAUAGCGAGUGUGUGGUCACCGGAGGAGAUGACGGAGUCAUUCAUAUUUGGAGGUCAAAAAGGAGACUUACCGAAUUAAAGAGACAACAAGGCCUGGUUCCUAUAGAUACCAAUUGCACAAGUUGUUUCCCUUAGUAACAUUUUAAAUUAUUUCCAUUUUCCUUAGUAGCAUUUUAAAUUAUGUAUAGAUUAAAUGUACCAAAACAAGAUAUUGAUACAAGCAGUUGGAUUUUUUAACAAUACAUGUAUAUGUAAUCAUUUGGAUAAAUACAAGAAUAGCAUAAGAAGAUUUUGCUUAGAUAUGAGAAAUUUGCAAAAAACAUCAUGAACAAAAAAGACCUUGGGAUUUAGAUGAUUUUUUGUGGAUAAAAGUCAUUAAAAAUAAUUAUAAUUAAGAUAUCUUUAGCGGUUUAGAAUUUUCAAACUUUCCAAUAUCUAACCUAAAAAUAUAUAAAUUUUUUGAUAAUGUUAAAAAAUUUAAAAUCCCCAGCGGAUUUCGAACUCAAGACUCACAUAUUUGUAAUGAACCCUCUAACCCACUGUAUCUAACCCACUGUCAAUAAAGGGAAAGAAACUAUUUAUAGAAUUACACUUAAUAAUAUUGUUUAUUUCAAUAAAUAGUUCAUCAUAACAUGGAGGUGUCCCAUGCCACCUUUAAUUUUUAGAUAUGAUUUAGUAAGUUAUAUAGUAUUUCAUAAAAACAAAUUCUAUAUACAUGUAUUUCAGUUUUAAAAUUUGAAUAUUUUUCUUUGUCUUUUACAGAACUCUUCUUCCAAAGAAGAACUUUACAAUCUAAAAAUAACCACAAUUAUCUUCCUUCUUAAUUUUCAUAUUCUAAUACUAAUUAUAUUGAUUACAAGUUCCUCUAAUAUGGCUUAUCAGUUAGUGUUGGCUUUGUGUCAGCCUUUUCUUUAAAACUUAUUUUCAACAUGGUUAUUGAAAUUUUAACCCACUCUGUUUAUGUAAUCAAACUACUGUAUAUCCAGUAGUUUUUAAACAGGUUUUCCAAAGAAAAAAUAAGGAUAACUUCUUCUACAGUUUUCAAGAUAGGAAGUUGAUGUUUUGAAGAUCAAUUGCACAUAUAUCAGAGGUGUGCAUAUUGCUUGGAUUUUGAUUUUUGAUAAUUUAUGAAAAAAUACCCGCUGUUGAACUUAGUCAUUUUUGGCAAAAUAUUGCAUAUAUUAGUCAUAUUUUGGCAAAAUAUUGCAUAUAGGGUACCCUGAUACAGUUAUACUGAUAACUCCUCCUACAGUUUUCAGGAUAAGAAGUUGCUGUUCUGCAGAUCAAUUGGACAUAUAUCAAAUGUGUGCUUAUUGCCGAGAUUUUGAUUUCUGAUGAUUUAUUUAAAAAAUACACCUGUUGAACUUUGUCAUAUUUUGGUAAAGUAUUGUCUAUAGAGUACCCUCAUUUCCCUGGAUAGGUAGUGUUCAUCAAUUCAAGGUUGACAAAUGAAUUAUAGAUAAUGUUUACACAAAAGAAAACCCGGUUUGCUGUCCCAUUGACAGCUUUUUCUCUUGUUCCCGAUAACGACAAAGAGCACACGGCGAGUGUGACCGGUCAGCAGAGUAUGCCCUCUCCUCCAUGGCACCUGAUCUUCUCUAAUUUUUGUAGAGGUCCGUAUUUGCUCUGCUCCUGUUUUGUAUUUUUUCCUUUGGAUUUUUUUUUCUAUUUUAAACACUGCUCAUUAUCACCACACAGUGUUGAUUAGGUGAGUAGUGUACUUUUUGAACAUUUUUUAAAAAUAUUUUAAUUUCAUUCAUAGCAACACAACGAAUUUCAAAGAGAUUUUUGAACCACUAUUAAUCCACAAUGUAGAUGGUUCAGAAAGGGCCAAAAUAGGAUAUCUAUUGAAUAUGUAUAUUUAUACAUAGAAAUACAGAAUGCAUGGUACGGGUCUUGUUUGGGUAAAACCGUAAAAAUAUCGCGUUUCAAUUAAAAAAGUGCAUUAAUAUAAUUAUAUUAGUAUAUGUUCAGUAUAUUAUAUGUACUGAAGAAAAGAUUUUGUGUAAUAAAGAGAAAAAACUAUGCCCUUCAAGUAAGAACUAAAAAUGACUCGGUUCAAAAUUGAUUUAUAUUUUUUGGUAUGUUUAAAUUUGUGACAUAUCAUUAUUUUUAAUAAAACUCAAGCUUGUAAGAAUCGAAGACAUUGUAUGUGUUUUUUUAUACAAGUCACCUGAGGAAAAAAAUUGUUCUUAAAAUGAUUUAAUUAAUGUCUCAUGCAGUUGGACGCAAGGUUUUGCUUUAAAUCUUGUAAAUUUUAUGAUAAUAAUGUUUUCAUGAUAUGCAAUUAUAUAUCCAUAUAUCAAUUAUAAUUUUUUUUUAUCUUCAAUGCUAGAACAAAAUGUAAACACCAGAAUGUAUUAUGAUUUUCACCAUUUGUUGCUGUGAUAGAUAUUUAAUUGAUGGAUAUUAAAAAAAAAUUGUUACUGAUAUAAAAUAAACAGUUAUUUGCUUAA